CACCGCGGCCGUGGUCUACGCUGGGUGACCCGGCGCUUGGAGUGGGAGACGCAGCCCCGUGCCAUGGCGUUCGCGCUGCUGCGCCCCGUGGGCGCUCACGUGCUGUACCCCGACGUGCGGCUGCUGAGCGAGGACGAGGAGAACCGCAGCGAGAGCGACGCUUCGGACCAGUCGUUCGGCUGUUGCGAAGGCCUGGAGGCGGCGCGGCGCGGCCCGGGGCCCGGGGGCGGGCGGCGAGCGAGCGGUGGCGCGGGUCCUGUGGUGGUGGUGCGACAGCGACAGGCGGCCAACGCGCGGGAGCGGGACCGCACGCAGAGCGUGAACACGGCCUUCACCGCGCUGCGCACGCUCAUCCCCACCGAGCCGGUGGACCGCAAGCUCUCCAAGAUCGAGACGCUGCGCCUGGCGUCCAGCUACAUCGCGCACCUGGCCAACGUGCUGCUCCUGGGGGACGCGGCCGACGACGGGCAGCCGUGCUUCCGCGCGGCGGGCAGCGCCAAGAGCGCCGUCCCCGCCGCCGCCGCCGCCGCCGACGGUCGCCAGCCGCGCUCCAUCUGCACCUUCUGCCUCAGCAACCAGCGCAAGGGGGGUGGCCGUCGAGACCUGGGGGGCAGCUGCUUGAAAGUCAGGGGAGUGGCCCCCCUUCGAGGGCCACGGAGAUGAGCCUGGGCCCCUACAGCAUUUGCUCCAAGCAAGACCCCAGAGAAAGAGGCCAGGAGCUGCACAGGGGAGAAGACCCCAGAAGCCAAGCCACCCCUUCUUUGCCUAAGCACCAGGGACAAUGGCCUGGGCCUGGGACCCUGUAGGCAGAGUCCCUGGGACGUCUCCACCCCACCAUGGAGAGCCCUGAGGACCCAUCUAGCCCACCAAGGUCAGGCUGGUCAGAGGCAAGAAAGAACUUUUGGAAAACCAAAAACUGUUGGUGACAGAAGUGUGUGUGUGUGUGUGUGUGUGUGUGUGUGUGUGUGUGUGUACAUGAGGUAUAUGUAUAUGAGAGAGAAUUGGUGGGUUUAAAAUAAAAGUAUUUUUAAAUAAAAGGUGUCUCUCCCCUCCCAGCUGAGGAAGGGGAGGACUGAUGGACGUGAGUGAGAUCAGAGGCAGAUCUGCCUGGGACUAGGCAGAGGCCCGGCCAGGCAUGCCCCUGGCUGGAGGCUGCUGAGCCCUGGGGCGGGGGCUGGAGCAGGCCAGUGGCUCGUGUGGAAGUGGAGCACACCAGCCUCCCUCACUGCUUGCCAAUCAU